AUGGCCCGAAUUGGCACACAAAGAGUAAAGACAGGUUGUACAACCUGCAAAAUCCGGCGUAUCAAGUGCGAUGAGGCGCGUCCAUCUUGUGCGAGAUGCAUCUCCACCGGCCGUAGAUGUGACGGCUACAUAUCUCCGCCGACGACGACAUACUCCUGGGCGCAACUCUUGAGGUCAUGCCCCGUAAAUAAUGCACCUUCAAUCCGGGCCGCACAACCGAGCAGAGCCAGCAUCGCCCACGCCGAACGAACGAUGGACUUCUAUCGCAAGGUCACCGCCCCGGCUUUUUCUGGUUCCCUCAACUCGUACUUCUGGACCAACGUCGUGAUCCAGAUGUCAGACCAGGAGCCUGUUGCUAGCCACGCCGUGCUGGCGCUCAGCUCCGUGUACGAGACGUUCAGCAAGGGAGCGUGGGAAGCGAGUCCCUUUGCUGUGUGGCACUACAACGAGGCAAUCAAGCUGCUCCGCACGACGACGGACCGCGCGCUGAUCCUCUUCGUCUGCGUUCUCUUCAUCUGCAUAGAGCUGCUUCGCCGGAACCCGAAAGAGGCGACGACCCACUGCCGGCACGGGAUCAAUAUCCUGAACGAGAUUCACAAUGAGUCUGACUUUCUGCGGAACCAUGUGACACCGGUUAUGCGGCAGUUGAGCAUCGCUCCAUACCGCUACGGCAUCAAUCCCGCGACGUUUCCGACUGUGCGCAAGCCCAUAUCCACAUCUACCAACCGACUUCAGAAUGUUGCAGAAGCUCAUGCCCGAUUGUUGACCAUACACGUCCGUCUGGUUCGGUAUUUGGAAUCCGUCGACGAUUGCCAUCUCGAGGCCGGUCAGGAAGGCCCCGAACCGGACGCAAAGUGGACUCGACAGUUCAUCCUCGUUGACCUCGAUGCGUGGUACAAGGCGUACAGGGAGUUGAAAAAGGAGGAGAGAUAUACCACCAGGGAGGAGGAUAUGGUGCGAUUAUUGGAUAUCCGGUAUCUUGUGGGCAAGAUCGCGCUUUUGAGUUCCGACAAGGGGGAAGCGGGCGAAUGUGUCUACGACGAGCACACGGACAAGUUCCGCGCCGUUGUCGUCCUCGCAUCGCAGGCAGAAGGCUCGCCGGGGUCUUUUCCCGAAUCGUCCUCGUCAAAGUCCUCAGCAGGCUGGGGCACUGAAAGUGUUCUGGAAUUAGGCUUUAGCUCUCUCCUCUUUAUGGUCGUCACUAGGUGCCGCCAGCUGAGAUUGCGGCUCGAGGCGCUAAGACUGAUGAAGAAGCUCAUGCAGCCCGAGAGGAACAUUUGGGAGAGAAAGUUAACGUGGUCAAUAGCGCAGCGAGUGAUUGAGAUUGAGCAUGAUAUCACCCUUGACGACACUACUGACUUGGACGCGUUGAUUUCCUCCGAUGAAGGAAGCAAUAGGUUCGUGCCGAAGGAAAGGCGCAUAGUCGAGAUGAACUUUCGGGGACCUGCGGAAGCUACGGUUCCCCCACGGAAAAAGGUGCAUUUCUACCUAAAGAAUGGGAGGACGGGUCAGAUUGAGGAUAAGGAGGAAUAUCUAGCAAUAUGA